AUGGAAAUAGCAAAAGAAGCUAUCCAAACCACGCAGUUCACCGAGAAAGAAAGUCGAUCAUUUCUCGUCUUGGGGAGUGGAAUCAAUGGGCUGUCGUGCGCAGUACAAUUGUCGGAAGCUUAUCCGGAUGCAGCAAUACAGAUAAUAGGAGAAUAUUGUAGUCCACACACUACAAGUGACGUUGCAGCUGGGUUAUGGGGGCCGUACCUAUUAGGUAACACCUUAGAGGCAGUAUGUAGGAAUUGGGCACAGACGACGCACGACUAUUUUCAUCAUCUUUGGUCAACUGGACAGGCAGAUCCGUGUGGAAUUUGUUUAGUAUCUGUUACAGAGCUCUUUGCUGAUCCACAAGAGCCAAUACCUUGGUGGCAUGAUAUCGUAUUUGGCUUUCAAGAACUUACGUAUAAAUCGUUACAAGUGCUAGAAAGAGAACACAACGCAACUGGAAAGUACGGAACAGGUUUCACUUAUGUGACAUUCACCUGUGAGCCUACAACACUAAUGAACCACUAUUGUCAUACGUUGACGUCGAAACGAAAUGUGAAGUUCCACCAGAAACACAUCCAGGGAUUAGAAUGCUUAAACAGUCUGAAUAUCGAUCAACACACCAUUAUUAUAAACUGUCUCGGCCUUGGCGCAGGACAGAUUUUCAACGAUACGGAUCUAGAGCCCAUACGAGGACAAGUGCAAAAGGUCCUGGCGCAAGGAGUAUUCCAUUCAAUCGCAAAUAACUCCUCUUAUAUCAUCCCCAAUACUGCGACAAUCACUCUCGGUGGAACUAAACAGAAAAGCCACGUUACACGAGUAUUCCCGUCGGAUCGUUACAGUAUCCGAAAAAACUGUGAAGCGAUUGUUCCUGCACUUAAGCACGCCACAGUCAUCAAAGAUAUCGUAGGAUUGCGUCCAGUCCGAUCAACUGGAGUACGUCUACAGAUUGGAACUGUGAAUGGAACAUUUGGCAAGCGCACAAUUGUGCAUAACUACGGACAUGGUGGAGCGGGCAUCACACUAGCGUGGGGAUGUGCCAGACACGUUGUGCAGCUCGUGCAAAAUGAGAACAAACAAUUGCAAAAUAUACGCAGCAGGCUGUGA